AUGGGCACAGGUCCAGUUAUCGUUGCCGACGGUAAUAAUUUUGCCGGCCUCAUCCAGUGCUCUCGUCCAUGGUGGAAGAACCGACGUCUUCUGACGCUGAAUGCUUGGAUCGCUCUGCUACUCAUCACUUCGUCGACCAAUGGAUACGAUGGGAGCAUGAUGAACGGGCUGCAAUCACUGGACCAGUGGAAUGCAUCCUUCAACAAUCCGCAGGGCCAGCAAUUGGGCCUGUUGAACGCGAUCCAAAACAUCGGCUGCCUCGCCGCGUACCCAUUCUCGCCUUACCUGACCGACGGAAUGGGCCGCAGGUUCUCCGUCGGCCUCGGUGCGGCGCUCAUGCUAGCCGCGACCGUCAUACAGACAGCAUCUCAGAACGUCCGCAUGUUCAUCGGUGCUAGGUUCCUGAUCGGCUUUGGACUGACGUUCGCGCAGGCGGCGGCUCCUUUGCUGAUCUCGGAGAUAGCAUAUCCCAGUCAGCGAGGCCAGGCAACGUCAUUAUACAACAGUGUCUGGUUUUUAGGGAGCAUAAUAGCGGCGUGGACGACGUUCGGUACUUUCAACAUCCCGAGUAGCUGGGCCUGGAGAGUCCCUUCUGCCUUGCAAGGAUUACCUUCUCUGAUCCAGAUCACCCUUAUCUGGUUCGCUCCGGAGUCUCCUCGUUGGCUCUUGAGCAGAGGAAGGGAAACUGAAGCACUGAAAACCCUUGCUUACUACCAUGCGGAUGGUAAUGAACAGGAUCCGUUAGUCGGACGUGAGUUCGAAGAGAUCAAGGGGAAUAUAUUACGCGACACCGAGGCGAAAAAGAGUGUCGGAUGGUCAAGUUUAUUGAAGACGCCCGGGAACAGGAGGCGCACUCGCGUUAUUGUGGCUUUGGCCGUCUUCUCUCAGUGGUCUGGAAAUGGAUUAACAUCGUAUUAUCUCAGCAAGGUUCUGACGGAUAUAGGAGUUACGGGUUCCACUGUGCAGCUCCUUAUCAAUGGGCUCCUCAACAUCUGGAACUUUGUCAUUGCCAUCUCUGCGGGCUUAUUGUGCGAAAAGCUGGGGAGGCGGACCUUAUUCAUGGUCUCCACCAUCGGUAUGGUCGUGUUCUGGACAUUGCAGACCGUCUGCUUCGCAGAGUACUCCAUACACCUUAACUUGGCCGCUGGACACGCUGUUAUGGCUUUCAUCUUUUUGUUUUACGGGUUUUACGAUCUUGCGUUCACGCCCCUGAUAGUAUCCUACACCGUGGAGAUUUUGCCUUUCGAAUUGCGCGCCAAAGGGCUGACACUCUUCUUCUUCACGGUCUCGGUCUCCCUGAUUUUCAAUCAAUAUGUGAACCCGAUAGCGCUGAAAGCAUUGGGGUGGAAGUACUAUCUUGUCUACGUCUGCUGGCUAGCAUUCGAAGCUAUAUUCGUGUACGCCUUUGUGCUCGAGACCAAGAACCGAACUCUGGAAGAGACGUCAGCAUUAUUUGACGGUGUACAACGUACUAACAUGUCAGAGCCAAAUGGACUUAGCGAAGAGGUCAAAGAAGAGAUGUCAAGCGAGUCAGCGGUGGAGAUAAUUCCACAGCGCUAA